AUAUGUCUAUACAAAAGUUUACAAGUCACGUCAUUGUCGGAUGUCACAUGCAUAAUAGUAUUACUAGUGCAGUGCAACGAGCUUUUGCAAUCUCGAUGACCAAAAAACACACCGGCAAAAAUUACACAGAAAACAGAAAAAUCUCUUGAAGCAACCUACCAAGUACGAAUAAGCUAUGGGCUAGUAAUGGGCUUUAUACGAUAUUAAGCCCAGAUUUACGUAAUAUCCGAGUUUUAGAGUCGAACGAAUCACACGUGGAUUUUUUUUUAAUUAAAUCCGACGGACGCAAAUCUUCAUUCGAAAAGGCGGGAGAGGGUUUAACUGUCAUAACCGCCAUGGCUCAGAGAAAACUUUAUAUAAAGGCUAUUUCAAUGUUGUUCUGAAACAUCAAUUCUCUUACUAAAGUGCCAAAAAAAAGCAUGACUAGUAACCCAGAGAAAACGAAAGUGGAUGAUGUUGAGGAGGAUGAGAGAGAAGAUUCUGAUGAGCAAUGGAACGAUGAAGAAACUGAUACGAGAGAAAUCGUUCUCGGCCUCCCUGCUUUGAGUAUCAGCAGUAGAAUAUUUGUUGAUAGCAGUAGUGUCGCUGUCGUUGAAGAAGAUGUAGAAAAAGCGCGUUUGAAUGAGCAAGCGGUUCUUGCGGCGGGGUUGGUUUUGGCUGCGGCAGAGGAAGCGGUUAUGAAAGGAGUGAAUGAGGGCAGUGGGAGUGGUGGGAAGAAAAAGAGUAGACCAAGGACAUCGACGAAAACCGAUGAUAAAGCGGAUGGUUCGGGUAAAAAGCCGAAGAAGAAAUCAUCGGAAUUGACUCAUCCACCAAAAGGACCACCGGUUUGUCAUAUCUGUGGACGAGGUUUCGGUUCUUGGAAGGCUGUGUUUGGACAUAUGAGGGCACAUAAAGAUAGAAACUAUCAAGGAUUUCUCCCCCCUCCUACAUUCUCUGCGGCUGCUGAAAGGUUUUCGAUUCCUGGAAGAAACUCUGCUUUUGCUAUUGUCACUGCUGGAGGAGGGAGUUCUGGUGGCCUUGCUGGAGGAGGAGGAAGUUCCGGUGGUUGUCCUGCCAGUGCUGGUGGUGAUGCUUGGGGAUGUGAAGGCGGGAAAGGUGCAGCUAUUGACUUGAAUGUGGAUCCUGUGGAGGAAGUAGAGGAAGCUACUGAAUCUGGAUAUAUUGCCAAGUUUGAUCUUAAUAAAUCGCCUCCAAAAGAUGAAGAGGAAGAGGACAAAGCCAAGUGAAAGAUUUUCAUACAGCUUUAUUAAUAAUUAACGUAAACAUACUUUAUUAUAGUAAUUUUUUUCCUUUUUAAUUCUAUUUAAUAUUUAUCUAACACAUUAUAUUGA